AUGGCUUCACAAGCUCAUAAUAGUAUGAUCCUUGGAAGCGAUUGUAGACUUGUAGCGGAUGCUGAUCCAUCCAACGACUUUGGGCCUGCUCAAUUAUUGCUGCCACCGUCAUCAUUGAUUCCAGUUGUUAACAUGUCUAAACGAAGUUUUUAUGCAUUUAUUCACAUUCAUAAGAGACCAGACGUGUAG